CAAUAAUACAGUCUGGAGUCUGCUGCUGGAUCAUCUGCUGACCUGCUGUUCAUUCUCUCUCUCUCUCUCUCUCUCUCUCUCUCUCUCUCUCUCUCUCUCUCUCUCUCUCUCUCUGUCUCUCUCUCUCUCAUUUUUAUUGUUUUGGUUCGCCGUCAGCCGCUAGUGAGAACCGUGGGUGGCGGUGUCCGCCGUGUUUAUGUUUCCGUAGGUCGUCUGCGGGGAGAGGGCGCAGCGAGUCGGCGGCGGCGCGCCAGACCGACGCGUCGUGUGUGCGCAAAGCUGGAUCUGGUGGCACCGCGGCGCGUAAGCGACACCGUCCUUUACCGCCAAGAAGACAGCCGAAACCGAAUUGGGCUUUUUCGAGGGAAAGCAAAGCAAAACAAAACAAAAAAAAACCGAACUCGGCAUUUGAGCGAUUUUCGAUAGUGUCGGGAGCUCGCACGGUCCGUUUGGAGCGGAGAGGAGUCCCCGCGUUGCGCUGCGCAGUCGGGGAGGUGUCGGAGGCGCAGGGUGUAGCGGGCGACCUGACCACCGCCGGCUCCGUGAAUGACCUCCAGAACCGCUCAGAUCAUGUAUCCACACGGAAGACCCCAGAUAGGAAGAGGGAGACGGAGAGUCAGAGCGAGAGGUGGAGAGAGUUUAUUGUCUGCUCCGCCCCUUGUUCCAGGCCAUGCUGGCAUGAAGUUCACAGUUCUGGAAACAUUGGAUCACAUCAAAGAAGAGUUCCAGCUGUUCCAGGCCCAGUACCACAGUCUGAAGCUGGAAUGUGAGAAACUGGCCACUGAGAAGACAGAGAUGCACAGACAUUAUAUCAUGUAUUAUGAGAUGUCAUAUGGAUUGAACAUCGAGAUGCAGAAGCAGGCGGAGAUUGUGAAGCGGCUCAGUGCUAUAUGCACUCAGAUCCUCCCGCUCCUCUCCCAGGAGCAUCAGCACCAGGUGGCCCAGGCAGUUGAGCGAUCCAAACAUGUGAGCAUGGCUGACCUGAAUGCCAUCAUAGGGCAACAGCAACUGCAGCAUCUUUCCCAUCAUGCCCCUGGCUUCCCCUUGACGCCACACCCCUCCGGCUUGGCUCUUGGCGCGGGGGCAGGGCUCGUGGCGUUGCCAGGGGCAUUCCCCUUUCCACCGCACCUGCCGCCCAAAGACGACAUCACUCGUCCUGAGUCUGUGGACCCCAGAGAUGGCGCACCACACAGGAGUUUCCUAGACUCUGCUGUGAUGACUCAACCUGUGGGGCAGAGGGUGUCUUUGUCUCUGGCCUGCCCUACCGAACCUGAGGCUGACAGUAAGAGGACCAGCAUGGAAGAGAAAGCUCGCGUUCCAACACCCCGGGACAGCGACGUGACCAAGGAGGAGGACAGCUUGAGACGGGACAGACCUAAAGAGGCCUGGAAGAGCACGUCGCCCGCGGGAGCCGUCGCCCGCCCGCUGGACGGGAAUGGCCUAGAGGGCUCGCCGAUGCUGCGCAGGAGCCCAUGUAGAGAAACUCGCUCACCUGCCUCUCCCUACACGCACCCCCACACGCCUGGCCGCCGCCGGAGCCCACCCCAGGAGGAGAAAGCGCGCUCCCCCUCUCGCUCUCCCUCGCGCAACGCUCCGUCCCCGGGCUCCACCCCCGCGCCUCCUCCUGGCCUCCCCUGCUCCCCUCCCAGGAGUGCCCCCUCUCCUCCUGUCCAGCACUAGGAUCCGCUCCACUCUGUGGAGUGAUAACGGUGGGAGACAACACGCCCCUUUCCCCCGCCCACCCUACCCGGCAUGCAGUGGCUCCGACCCAGAAUGCAAUGGGCUCGGGUACCACGUGCCUUAGCCGGGACCCGGCGUCUGGCCGCUGACUCUCAGAGCCGUGCGGCGAGCUUUAUGGCAUCCUCGUCCAAAACACUGCAGCGCCGCCUCCGUGGCACAGCUUCAUAAGCCAAUCAAUCAGCUGUUACAGUGACUGACAGAUCUGUCAGCCAAUCAGGCAGCUGGAAUGCUGUGGCAAAGCUGAGCAUUUUGAGUGAAAAAGCAAGUGGGAGCAAAUUCAUGUUGUCCCUCCACAAGCAAGACAACCUCCAGACCAAACUAUUACACAGAACUGGAGCGAGAACUUGUGCGUGUGAACUGGACUUUGCUGACGGAGAGAGAAGAGCUGUCUGUAUUCGCCACUUCUGCACUUGUUUGGUGUUUAGGGAAUUGGUCACGGCUAUAAGUGCAUGCCGCCACGGCUGGACCUCAGGGCUCAGCAUAAGUGACCAGCUGUGCUCCUCGAGUAGUCCCAGAAAGUGCCUUCUCCCAGGACAUGAAGGCUGCACACGUCUGGCCAUUUAAACAGUACCAGCACCCCGCACUGACAAACUCCAAUGAGCAGUACAACGGGAGUCAGACGGCCGUUGGCGAGGGCACCUGGUCCAUGCAGGGCAGAGGUAAACAAGGCUGAUUUCGGGACUGCCACACCUCUGAAUAUGUGAGGUCAUGUGCAAAAGCCACAGAAGCAUCAGUGUGUCAUCAGGAAUCGCUUGUCUGUGCGGUGGUGGCAAGAUUGAGUCUAAGGUGCCCUGGUGUUAGUGCCAUUUCACAGUCACCGGCACAGAGGAAAUUUAAGGAAUGUCUGGAAAAGUUGUUAUAAUUUCCCAUUCGCCAAUGUUGCCCCAGACAUGCAUCAAUCACCAUUUUCUCAUCACUGAAAUGAUCUUCAGCCCCCUCUGAAUGUUUUUCAUAAAAGCUAAAAGGUGGUCAAGCCAAAUUUCCUUUUCUAAAUUUCUACAAGGCCACCAAGUGUAGAAGCUGAACUAUGAAGACACUAAACAUAUUUCCACGUGACACAAAGUCAGCUGAACAUGCAGUAUGUAAUGGAAAUGACAGCAUUUUUGACUUGCUGUUAUUCAUGUGGGGUUUGUUUUUCUCUGACAUUUCCUGAGGGAUGUCCUGCUGAUAAUCAUGAAGGGGUGCAACAGCAAUUUCUGUGAGACGAUCACCCUCAAAAAGGAUCCAUAUUUACCAAAUAUGAGAUUGUGAGAAUAAGAGAAUCAAUUUUCUUUGAUCGAGGGGCAUGAGUCAGUGAGGUUCCAGUGGAGCGGUUGGUCUCUGUAAGUGGAUUACAGGUCAUUCAAAUAAAGUACAAACACUUCAGAACACUGUGCAUCAAUCAUACAGGGAUAACAUUGCUUUAUUUCUGCACCAUUCUUUACAGUGAAAAAUCUGUAGCCUAUAGCAACCAGAUCGAUCACCAAUUAAAUAAAUCAGCAAUGAUCAUUGUUAAUGUUCUGAUGCUUCACCAACAUAACACAGUCUGUUAAUCAGGCUAUGCAUUCCUGAAUCUAUGCUAUGCACCUUUUACACUCAUCUGUGUUGAAAUGUUAUGAAAUUUAAGAACCCAGUCCUCUGUCCACGUUUUUUUUUUUUUUUGCUGUAGUUGACAUUUUUUGCUCUAGUCCACAAUUUGCUCAGGCUUCAUAACACCCUCCACUGAAUCUUGGUCAUUGACACUGCGUACACUCCGAGUCACUGAAGAGUGACCUCGGAAAAACAUAUUCCCUCUAGCAGACCACACAAGGCUACAGGCCUGGCAAUAGUCUGCUACAGCUCAGGACUAUACCCACCUCGUACUGCUAUUUUAACUAUUUAUACAUAUGGCAAUUAUAAUAAUAAUCAUCAUGGGCAUUCCUGUACACACACACACGCGCACGCACGUCUGGUUCCUGAGCACGGGAAUACCUCCGAGUUAUUACAGUGUGGAGUGAUGGCGAGCCAGGAUAUUUGCCAAUAGUCUCUUUGUGUCCAUGUCAGCAAAGAUUCCAGCUGACGGAAUAAGAAGAUUCAUCGUCUCCCCUUAUGCAAUCUCAUCUGUAGAAGUUUCAAUCAAGAUGACUUUGAGAAAAUAAACAGGCAAGAAUUCACAAUUGGACAGUUUGCCUUUGUUGUGCCCUCUGACCCACAGAUGCUUUCCCAUGGCCCAAAAAGGAGUUGUGCGGACUUAUUCAUGCUGCUUCUCUUUCCGUAACCUUGAUGGUGCCAAAAUAUACACAGAAUCAAUCUUAUCAGGGCGAAACAGCAGCAAGCAAGUCUCCUCAGAAUGGCACACUGCUGAGCUAUCAGACCCCACAAGCCCAACUGUUGGUGUCGUUUGAGCUAAAGCGCACCUUUUAGAACUUUCCUGAAGUCAUAAAACUUUAAAAACAAAAUCAAUGCUAAUAUUUAUAUUAGUUCAGCUAACAGGAUUUGGGCUGCACUAAAGCAGGGCAGCAAUCAAAAAAUAAACAGGAUUAAAAAUUUAACAGACUGGGUCAAACUCUCAAAGUUCCUGCUUCCACUGCACCCACAGUGCAAUGCUGCAUCUAGCAAGGCAUCUUUCCCAGGCCUUUGUGGAGACAAUGUGGAAUAAACCCGGUCCAUUUCAAUGGCGCAACACCUUUCUAUUAGCAAUAGCAAAGCUAUUCCGAGAUCAGCCCUGGAUAAGAACCCACAAAACCAAAACCCUUUUUUCAGGUUAUAUAAAACUAUUAGGUUCACUACAGGGAUGCUGCAGAUGAUUUUCGUAACAAAGACUGGAAUGUGAGAAGGAGAUCUCUCCUGGGAGCUGCAUUAUUUGUCAUUUUCAAAGAGGAAUGCAAAGCCCCAAACUCUGGCAUGGACACACCGUGGGAAGUGGCAUAGGCUGCCACUGGCGGAUUAGUGAUCGAUGGCUCGAUGUCUGACAGUGGCAGCUCUUGUGAAUUAUGUCAUUCAAAUGUUUUUGCCCAAACCGUUUUGUUGUUCAAGUUAAUGCAAUGUUGUGUUGUUUAAUGGUGAACUGUUUUUGCAUUCUUGCUUUUUCAGAGCAACCAAACCAGUACCAACGCCUUCUGCAGCACAGAGCUGCACAGGCCUUGUAACCAUUCACUUAUUAUUUCCCAUAAUGCCUCUAACCCGUGGCGUCUUCCUGUGUGAGCAUGCUCAGUUGAGGGCUGCCAUUUCCUUUAGGUGAUUGAACUUUUCAUGGGGCUUUUAAAUGGGGAAGCGUGCAUGUUUAAUUCAAAGGCUGUAUCUGGCUAAAAGUCCAUCUAAUGAACGCAAAAGGAACGAACCCAGUGAAAACGCCACGAAACUCCACAGGCUGCUACAGAAACAGCACAAAUGAAGUAUUUCUUUUGAGGUUGGGAUGGCUGUUUCUAUAUCUCCAUCAUGCAGAGUUUCGUUCCAAAAGAGCAGAGCGGUUGUAAUAUCCUGGUUAUACUGAUAUCCCGAUUUUAUUGAAGGCCUUGACAAACUGGAUCGGGUGUGUCAGUAGUGUGGGAGCUCUGUGCAUGGAUUGAUCUUAAGUAGGUAAGCUGGACACACCUUUACAGAGAGAUUCUUUGAGCCAUGUUCCUUUAAUUGACUAAUUUAAAUGACAGUAAGGGCAGAUGAUCAUGGAUGCUGAUCACAAGAAGGAAGAUAAAUGUGGCUUUAUUUGAUGGAUUUAUUUAUUUAGCAUUUUUACAACACACUUCACAAAGCAGCUUUAGAUCCCUACAGGGCAAGAUGAAGGUGACAGGAACAAGGAAGAAACUUGUUACAAACACUUACAAGUAAUUGUCUGUAAAUGAUAACUGUAACAGCACCUACUGGCGCUUUAGGAAGAGUGUAUUGAUAUGAAUACAACUAAAACCAUACAGGGGGUUCUGUAGUCAUCAAAAGGCUGGAUGUGUGUCACCAUAUUGGCUGUUUGUUUCAGUAUCUCUAAUAUUCUCCUUUGGUUAGAAGGGAAAGUGACACUUAAGGCCUGAGUGAAGGCAUGAACCAGAUGAAGAACAUGCAAAGGGAGGCAAUGAGACAGAAGAGUAAUGAGGGUCAGGCCCUUUCUUUGACCACACUCCUACUGCCUGUUCACUGGCUUCAUUCAACCCUGCCUUCAAGUUCGGAGGACUCUUGGGUCAGACGCUGCCUUUGCAGUCAGACCUACAAGCUUCUCUUUUUACAGGCCAUGUGAAAGGUUCAGCCUCUCAACCAUCAGUCCGCCACUGACCACGCUCACGAGGGAGGACUCCACGGUUCAUGGGGCAUUAUGGGAAAUGGAGCCUUGGAAUAAAUGAGGGUCACAUGACCCAAGCAACCUGCAUCCCACAGAGUGAUGAGCCUGCUGACAGUCGGUCAUUUGAAUAACAUCCUGUUGAGGCCCCUGCUGUGGACAUAUGCAUAUUCGCGUUCCCUUAUGAACUUGGGGCCAGGAUCCGAACUAGCAUGCUAAAGACACGGAGCACGGCCCCGUUAAAGGUUUUGGCACGGAGAGUGAUGUCCAAAGCCCAGUCCCAGCGCCCCGCUGUUCCAGCGUUCUGCCUUGCAGUGCUUGCGCGCUGGCUACAGGCACAACGCCUAACUGACUUUUGGACAGAUGCCCGUUUCGUUUGUAGCCCGAGGCUACAAAAGCCUUCAUGUGCUCCACCAGCUUUGGACAAAUGCCUGUGCUUCAUUUGUUAAAGCACAAGGAAUUGGCUUGCCCUGACCCAUCUCUGCUCAGCCAAACCAGUCUCAGCUUGUAGCCGUUAGCUCGAGUCUUGGGCUACAAAUGACCAUGAGCUGUGAAACUGCUGCUUUUAGAAAUACAGAACAGUUGACAGCCAACUGGGGUAAUAAAUGGCUUAAUAAAAUGUGCCGGCUACUUCUAAUUGUGCAUAAUAUGGUCAUUGAUAUUGUCAGUAAAGAUUAAAGUAGCAGUCUGACAGUUUUUACUGGGUUGAAAUGCAGUCCACUGACAUAAUCGUCACAUCCUUUGUAAACCUCAUAACUUUCUUUACUUUGAAAAUUGGAAACCAAAUUAUAGAGAAAAAACAAAAACAUUCGCAAAACAAUACUGUGACAACUUUUCGAUGUGCUCCCACAAAAUGAGCCCUGACAUUACACACCGUCACUUACAGCAUGUUCUGAUCAGUCAGAACACAUGCAAGGACCCAUGAGCACAUGUGUUUGUCAUCAGUUAGGCCUUUAUGGACAGUAUGUGUAGAACUGCCCUGCGGGUCUGGGCCCGGGUCUGUCUUAGUGAUCCAUUAGUCUGUUAGGCAUAGUCCUUCUCGGCCUCUCAGGAUUAAAUAAAAAACAAAUAAACAAACAAAAAAAAACCCUACACAUCUCAAAAUGCACUUUGUCUCUAAUAGUUUACUGUAAAGCACUUUUUAUGCACUUCCUUAUGGAUCUUUUGUUCAUUUUAUUCUUGUUUUGUUCUGUUCCAAUUAUUUAUGUUUCAUAUGUUAUCAUACAUCAUCAUCAUCAUCUACUCCAAAACUACCAAACUACUAUUAGUCUGAUUAUCACUAAGCAACUUAAAAUGAUAAGUCAACCUAAUGUAAAAGUCACCAAAUCCUGGCUGUAACUGCUGCUGUUUGCACAUGAUACUUGUGGGGAAAAUGUUACUGGCCUGGGACUGCAAGUGAGACAAUACGUUCCCUCCAUCAAUCCUGGCGUCUUACACAGCAGUGAGGAGGAAGGUGCAUAUCCACAGACAGCACUGCUCUAUCUGGAGAAGGCAGUGCUGUCAGAUACAAGAUGAAUUAAGGGUAGGAAUACAGACAAAUGGGCAACAUGUGUUUUAGCACCAGACAGGACGUGGUGAGUAGGACUGUAUAAAUCUGCUGCUUCUUUGCUAUGCACAUCUGACCAGAAACGGGGAAAGGGAGAGAGAAAGAAUGAGAGACUCUAAAUGCAAAGAAAGCUUCGUAGCCUUAGUACAGAUGUACAGAUGCGAUUUUUCACUGUUUUCAGCUAAUACGCCAUGUCUAACUCCAUGAAACACCUACCCACCAGCUGUCCUUACUGAACAAACUGUGAAAUCUGACACAACUAUUCCAAGCGCAGCAUUAACGCUCCUCG